GCUGGGCUUUUGCUGAUCGUUCAAAUCUAGCAAUUCGCUCAUGACGGCAAACUCGGGCUCUCGCCAGUAGCUGACGGCACCAACUUAGCUCUAGGCGGUAAGUUCGCACCGAAGAGAUCCGAGUGAGCGCCCAGGAAAAACGCCAAACCGGGACUCUAUGAUACCCAAGCGGCAAAGCCGGCAGCAUACAGUCGUCUCGCAUCACCAGCCCCAACGUCGCCCGGGAGCAUGGGCCCCUCCCGCGAUGUCCAGAUGGCCGAUAUCCGGCCAAAGGAGGAUUCAUUCACCUUGGGCAGCCUCCCCAGCAUCCAGGGCACAUCCUCUCACCCUUACAACAACCACGAUAACAGCAGCAGCAACACUGACCAGCACCCUGUUCGUCGCUGGCUGGACUCAUUCCGCCGAGACCCCGGCCUCCAUGUGACGCCCGCCUCCGUCUUGAAUUCGACCGAGGACCGGAACCGGGCGUCCAUGAUGGCCCGCCGGUCCGAUGACUCGCAGUCUUUGCAAAGGUCCCGGAACCGCGGCGGUCACUACUUUGACUUGCACGCUGCAACUGUUGGAACGGCGAAUACGCUGCUGUCCCGCGAGCUCAAGGGGCGGCAUCUGCAGAUGAUUGCUAUUGGGGGGUCCAUUGGCACCGGGCUGUUUGUCGCGUCUGGAAAGGCGCUCAACACUGGAGGCCCGGCCUCGGUUCUUAUUGCGUAUCUGUUCGUGGGCUGCAUGCUGUACUGCACCAUCCAAGCCCUGGGCGAACUCGCCGUCACCUUCCCCGUCGCUGGCUCCUUUUCGGCCUACUCAACACGGUUCCUUGACCCGGCAUGGGGGUUCGCUAUGGGCUGGAACUAUGCUUUGCAGUGGCUCGUAGUGUUGCCGCUCGAGAUUAUCGCCGCCUCCAUCACAGUCGGCUAUUGGAACAGCGGCCUGAACCAAUCCAUCUUUAUCACCAUCUUCCUCUUCACGAUUGUCGUCAUCAACCUCUUCGGUGUCAAAGGCUACGGCGAAGCCGAAUUCGUAUUUGCCAUCGUCAAGAUUACCGCCGUCAUUGGCUUCAUCCUUCUCGGCAUAGUUAUUAACAUCGGCGGCUUUCCCGACGACGGUUACAUUGGCGGUCGCUAUUGGCACAACCCUGGCGCCUUUAACAACGGCUUCAAAGGCCUAUGUGCUGUCUUCGUGACCGCCGCCUUCGCCUUCACCGGUACCGAGCUCGUUGGUCUCGCCGCAGCCGAAACCGCCAAUCCGCGCCGCUCCCUACCCACGGCCAUUAAACAAGUGUUCUGGCGCAUCACCCUCUUCUACAUUGUCUCCCUAACCCUCAUCGGCCUGCUAGUCCCGCACAACCACCCCCGGCUCCUUGGCGCCAAAUCCGCCGCCGACGCCUCGGCCUCCCCCUUCGUCAUCGCCAUCGAGUCCGCGGGCAUCGCCAUCCUGCCCGGCGUUAUGAACAGCGUGAUUCUAGUAGCCGUCAUAUCCGUCGGCAACAGCGCCGUGUUCGGCUCGUCGCGCACGUUGGCCGCGCUGGCGGACCAGCGCCAGGCGCCCCGCAUCCUGGGCUACGUGGACCGCCGCGGCCGGCCGCUGGUCGCCAUCCUCGUGGCCGCGCUCGUCGGGCUGCUGGGCUAUCUGGCCGAGCUCGAGGAACAGCAGAGCGAUGUGCUCAACUGGCUGCUCGCCGUCUCGGGCCUGUCGUCCGUGUUCACCUGGGGUUCGAUCUGUCUAGCGCAUAUCCGGUUUCGCAAAGCGUGGAGGUUCAAAGGGAGGGGAUUGGGCGAGCUGGCGUUUCGGUCGCAGGUUGGCGUGGCGGGUUCGUGGGUCGGCUUAAUGCUCAAUGUGUUGGUGCUCGUGGCGCAGUUUUGGACGGCCGCGUGGCCUGUUCCGCAUUCGCAUGGUUCGUCGAAGGGGCAAGUUAUGGGCGACGAGGGGACUGGCGGAGGCACGGGGUUGGGAGCGAUUGAGUCGCCGCGGGACGUGGCGCAAAACUUCUUCUUGGAGUAUCUGUGCGCGCCGAUAGUGCUUGCGUGUUAUGUAGGGUAUAAACUGUGGUAUCGUACCGCGGCGGUCAAGGUGGAGGAGAUGGAUGUGGAUACGGGGAGGAGGGAUUUCAACCUGCCGAUUUUGAUAUCCAGGGAAAUCGACGAAGAGCGGGGAAUGCCGUGGUGGAAGCGGGUUUAUAAAUUUCUCUGCUGAGUCCUGCUCCUGUUGUUGUUUUGAAGGGGUGUAUAUAGGGUGUCGUUUAUGUGCAUUGCCGUGCCAUGGGAGUCAUGGUUCGGAGGUUGUUGCGAAGAUACCAGGGCGU